UAAACGAGACAUGGGAUAAUGUAGAUUUUGCUGCUGCUUUUAUCGGUGACAAUGCUUAUAAAGAAUUUGAAGCACCACCAUGCGAGUAUGAUGGUUUGAGUACAGACCUUUAUAGAGUGAGAACAUUCUCCUGCCAACCCUUCGCCUUUACAAGGAUCAUGUUUGUUAUAAUCAGAGAUUUAUCGGAGAAUUUAAAAGAGUUUUGUGAGUUCAAAACAACCAUAAGAGCUGAAACUGAAGCUUUAGAAUGUAUCCGAGGAGAAUAUGUUAAUGAAUAUAAAGGAAAGAUGAACUAUACAUGGGAUGGUAAAACCUGUGAUAACUGGGCCGAUGCUCCACUAGAUAAAGCUAUUAAUACUACCGUCCAUAAAAUAUUCGAUCCCGACUCCCAGUUGAACUACUGUCGCAAUAUUGGUGGAGAAAAGAAAAGACCGUGGUGUUGGGUUGAUAAUUUCCAAUCAGUUGGAUAUUGCCCUCUUGCUUUUUGUAAUGAGAUUUGUCAUUUAAAAGAAGAAUAUAGCGAAUACCAAGGGAAACAAUCCUUCUCAACUUCCGGUAAACAUUGUCGAGAAUGGAGUGAUGGAAAUGAGGAGGGUCGUAAAUUCUUAGCAGACACUUUCUCUGGUGGGGUACAAGCUGGACCUUACUGUAGAAAUCCAGGAUAUUCUCAAUUCAGGGCCUGGUGUUAUGUUGAUGGUCAGGGAUCGACGAUUAUAGCUGAACCCUGUGAUGUUCCACAUUGUCCAACUGAUUUUCUGAAAAUGACCGUCAGAAAUAAUGAAACCAACAAAUUACCUUUAUAUCUUCACCAAUGUUACCAUUCAAUCGACUCAUUCAAUGUUCAACACUAUUUUGAUUUGACCAUACAAGAAUCGACCAUUAUCAACUUAUGCAGGAAUUUUGAAGAUAAACUAUUAUUUUGUUUUACUGGUGGAGAUUGGACACGGGUAGAGUUUGAAUGUUUUGACGUGUCAUCAGAAACCACAAUCAUAACUGAAGCAUCUUCUCCUAGCUCAAAAACAACAUUUCUGAUAGAAGAGACUUUUGUGGAAGACUCACUCUCAAUGGAAAUCUCCUCUCUAUAUGAGGUUUCAAUGACUGUUUCAGAAUGUUCUCCAGGAGAAGCCAGUUCCUCGGUCAUAGUAGAGGACCUCCACCCCACGUCUUACACAGUACAAAAUACCCCUUCACUGAAUCCGUCAUUCUCCUUACAUUCAGGUGAUACUAUAUCUAUAACAUCAGAUUUAUCCACAAGUGUCGCGGAUACUCUCUCGAACACGCCUGUAACAUUCUCUACGAGCAUGAAAGUGACACAAACUAUGGAUGCUGCUAGCUCAUCAUAUAAAAGCAUGGGCAACACCUCGAGCAGUAAUAUUACAUGUGGUUGCUUCUGUAUCAAUGUUGAUCUACUAAACUCUAGCGAGCCUGUGGUUAAAGCCAGGGUCCAGUCUUUAACACGAGAAUUGGAAAUGGACUAUAAAAAGCUAUCAGCGACUGUCAGGAAACGCAUGAGUGCGGAGGACGACAGACCGUCUGUGACUUACCUUUUUACCUCGUUUUCUUCUCAAUAA